AUGGGUUUCGCUUCAAAGAUCGCUGCAGCUCAAGCCAACUCUCAAGCUCAACCCGGCCAAGGUCCGAGUCCAAGCCAGAAUAUGUCUAGCAGCCAAGGCACAUACGGCGGCGCACCGCCAGCAGGCUACACUGGAGGACCUCCUGCAGCACUGCGAGCUGGUGGAUACCCGCCGCAACAACAGCAGCAAUCGCCACAGUAUCAGGCUUAUCCAGGAUCCCCACCUCCUAAUCAAGGAUCGGUAAGCUCCCUAGCGUGA